ACCACCCAGUCACCCCACAGAUGGUCUCUUGAGAGCAGGUCUGGCCUGGGUGCCAGAGAAAGGGGACAGAGGUUGAGCUGGACCCCUCAGGUACCUUGUGAGCCGCUCAGAUCUCCCAGCAUCUGGGAGAACAGUGACACCUGCUGGCCGUCUGGGGAACAGCACCCAUUUCUCCUGGCUUCUCCCCAGGAGGUGAAGAUUGACAAGAACUUGGAGCCUGGACUUCGCGUGACAGUACAGCUGAACCAGAAGCAGCUCCCAGAAAGCAAGACCUACCGGGGAAAAGUCGUGUCAUCGCAGGACCCUCGCACCAAAGCCGGUCUCUACUGGGGCUACACGGUCCGGCUGGCCUCCUGCCUCAGUGCUGUGUUUGCUGAGGCCCCCUUCCAGGACGGGUAUGACCUGACCAUUGGGACAUCAGAGAGAGGCUCGGAUGUGACCUCCGCCCAGCUGCCCAGCUUCAGGCAUGCUCUCGUGGUGUUUGGGGGCCUUCAGGGGCUGGAAGCUGGAGUGGAUGCUGACCCCAACCUAGAGGUGGCCGAACCCAGUGUCCUCUUCGAUCUGUACGUCAAUACCUGCCCUAGCCAGGGCAGCCGCACCAUCCGCACCGAGGAGGCCAUCCUCAUCUCCCUGGCCGCCCUGCAGCCUGGCCUCACCCAGGCGGGUGCCCGGCCCAGCUGAAGGUUCCGGCAGGCCGAAGACUGCGAAGCAGCGGCAGGGAAGCCAGAGGCUCCUGAGGGGCCCCUGGGACAGACACAGCCAGGACUUCUGUCUCCAAAGAUCACCACCUUUAAUGCGACCCAGCCCCCACAGUCCGGCAGGGUACGGCCUUCACGUGGAGCCUGCAGUGAUGGCCUUGAGGCUGCCUGCCCGCGCCAGAAUAUUUGGCACAAAGAGCAGCCCCGAGGCCCGCUCGAUGCUCUCGAUGGGCACCAGGAAGCGCUCCAGCGGGACCACCUCGUCCACAGGAGCGUUGGGCAUCACAUAGGAGCGGAGUUCGAUUUGCCCGCCUGCUGCCUCCAGGAUCAGCACCUUGAAGAAGUGGGUGGGCACCGCCACGUGGUUCUUGCCGAUGACCUGGUACUUCACAUAGGACUUGCCGUCAGCCUCCGUCCUGCGGGCAGACCCGGGCGCACGAGGCCUUUCAGAGCUCCCGAGGGUCUGCUCGGACCCGAGGCUGCUCCUCCGAGAAGCCUUCCCCGGCCUGACUUCCACCUUGUGUCAGCCUGUAGGACCGCCCCCUCAGCGGGAGGCUUCUGUGCCCUUCUUGGCUCCCCCAGGAGGCUGGGGGCUCCCUGCAGGGUAGACGCUCCCUUACCCUGUUUCCCUCAGGCCCAGCACUGGGUCAGGCAGGGUGGGUGGUGGCAAUAAAUGCGGCUGAGAGAA